AUGCGACCUCCUCUCGACACUCACCAUCACCUCGACCUCAUACCCAAUGCGCUGCUCUCCAAUAUGACCGCAGACUACGUGCCAACUGACCCUGCUUCGUCAGCAACCGCACGAUACCUAGAGCACGUCACAAAAAGCAUCAUGCAAGCAGUCAACGACCGAAACUUCAACCCAUCAUCAGAACCCUGGUCACUCCUAGCGCCCCAGUUCCGCAACGACCCAGCAGGCCGCUUCGAUUCCGCAUCAUUCUUGCCUUCCGUCGUCAAGAAGCAAGAAAAAGGCAUCAUCCAUCGUCCGCAAACCAAAGAAGAACAUAUUCGAUUCCAUCAGGAAAUGUCGAUUGGAGCGCCCGAGUAUUUCAACAAGGUCAUUGAUGCCACUUGUACUUGUCUUGAUGAGGAGGCGUGUAUUGCAAAGGUCAUGAUGUCUACGGAAACGCAUGGGAUUCCGGGAGGGCUUGUUCGUCCGGCGGUCAGUACGUUGGAGUUCAGGAAGAUUUCGGGGAGUUGGAUGGCUACGAGGUUGAGGACUCUGCCGGGGUAUGAUGUUGCUGGGACUAAGACGCUCACGCCGUUGAAUUCAGGAACACCUUCAGCAAGCAGCUUGCACCCAUGCUUGCUCAGGAGCACGAGAGCACGAAGAUGGGAGCCCCGAGCAUCUGUACAGCCUGAUGCACUAAGGCUGCUCAAUCUCCUUGCCAUCCUUCCUAAUGCGACUCUGCCCGAGCGGACUGCCAAUCGUGAUGGCACUGGCAUCAUUCAUUGCCAUCACAUGUCUUGGCAAACAAAUCAUUGGCCUUCCGAGCUAUUCAAUGCUGCUUCGCUUGCUGACACGAUCGUUUCUUCGCUCAUUCGGGAAUACACCACAAGACAGACUGAGCUUGACAGAUACAUUAAGUGA